AAUGAAAACAAUCUCAGAAAACAAGUCAUUUGUUCAACACAUCAAACAAAAACAAGACGAAUUCAAAGUAUAUUACAUACAUAUCCAAGAAAACCCUUCAAUUCCCUGCCAAAAAAGAGCCCCUCCUCCUCCAAUAACCUAAUUUUAACUCACUCACCUCACCUAAUCAACGAAGAGAACAAACUCCCAAUCAGAGAAAAGCCAAAAUUGAAAGUACUCAUCUCUUGUAAGUAGGCGAAAACUCAUGCUCUCCUACUCUCUUUCGCACUCCGCAAAUCAGUUUGCAUUAUGAAUACAACAAAAAGGGGGCUCAUUAGAGAUAACCUAGUAACAAUAGAAGUCGCAAUGAAAAUAUCUCCACUGUCAAAGAAAGAAGAGAACAUAAUGCCGAUUCUGUUACUAGGGAUUACUCCAAAGUCCUAGAAGAAGUCAUGAAAAAAUAUCGCCUACUCAAAACAGAAUUACUUACCAAAGACAAAGAAGUCCAAAAAACACAAUUCUAUAAAGACGAAUGGCUUAAAGAAAAGGUAUGAACUCCUUCUAUUUAUUCUAUCUAGAAACGCAAUGAAAUCCUCUAAGACAGAAACAAGAAUUUGAAAAUGAAAAUGCUCAAAAUCAUAGAACUAGUCCAACAAGAUUAAUUACAAUCAAAUUUUGAAUCUGAGGUACUUUUAUAUUUGUAUCGUGAUAGUUAAUAGGGUAUCAUUGCUAGUCUUUAGACAGAAAAUAAAUAUUUACGUUAGAUGUUGCACCUAUAUGAUGUGACUGAUGUUUCUGAAUAACUCCAAUAACUCGAAAGCGAACAAGAUCAAGAGGUUGAUUACAUAGACAACAUUCUUAAUGUAUUCUUAGGCGAUCUCAGAACCAUUGAGAAAAACAGAAAAGAAAAGAAAGACAACUCAUAACUAGGUUUUUAUUUACGAUUAUCUGUAGCCCAAUUUAGUUCCUUAUCCUUAACAGUACUUAACAAAGAAUCCAGUUUCGUUGAUUUAUCAGAAGAUAAAUUGUUAAUGGAAUAAUAAUGA